CAGCGUUCUCGCUUUGGAUCUUUCAUCAUGGCUGACAACCACGCUAAGCUACAAGUUGAGCGACAGGAUGUCGUUCACGAAGAGAAAGGUGCUGUCAACGCGACCAACCCACAAAGUGGAGUGGUAUCUGCGAAAAUUCAGAACCCACUCAUGCACAUGAGUGAAGAAGAAUGCCUUGCAGAUGUCAACGGUUUCGCUAAAGAGCAUGGCUUCGAGGACAUCCAUCCCCUGCUCGUCAAGGGUGCGCUUAUCUCGCGCGACCCCACCAAUUUUGCCACCGUGCCUGGCAUGACGGAAGACGAGAAGGUGGCCAUCGCAAACGAGACGCUCCACAAGUGGCGACAGCCCAAGGUUCUCUACUUCACCAUCAUCCUGUGCUCUGUCGGCGCUGCUGUUCAAGGAUGGGAUCAAACUGGCUCGAACGGAGCUAACUUGUCUUUCCCGACCGCACUUGGUAUUCCAACCAAAGAUGACCCAAAUGCCGAGCGCAACCAGUGGUACCAGGGCCUGAUCAACGCCGGUCCCUACAUUGCUUCUGCCUUCUUCGGAUGCUGGUGCUCGGAUCCUCUGAACAACUUCUUUGGGCGUCGUGGCUGUAUCUUCGUGUCUGCUAUUUUCUGCGCCCUGUCCCCUAUUGGAUCGGCUGUAUCUCAGACAUGGGAGCAGCUUUUCGUUACUCGUCUGCUUCUUGGUAUUGGUAUGGGAUGCAAAGGCGCUACAGUGCCUAUCUUUGCGGCUGAGAACGCUCCUGCUUCCAUUCGUGGAGCUCUUGUCAUGACAUGGCAAUUGUGGACUGCCUUCGGCAUCUUUCUCGGAACCGUCGCCAACUUGGUUGUUAAGGACACCGGCGACAUUGCCUGGAGGCUGCAGUUUGGCUCAGCCCUUAUUCCCGCCUUGCCUCUCCUGGCUGGUGUCUUCUUUUGUCCGGAGAGCCCCAGAUGGUACAUCAAGAAGGGCAAGAUGCAGCAAGCAUACACAUCCCUCAAGCGCCUCCGAAACACCGAGCUCCAGGCUGCCCGCGAUCUUUACUACAUUCAUGCCCAACUCCGUGCUGAGGCAGGCGCCCAUACUGUCAAGAACAACUACAUCACUCGAUUCACCCAGCUCUUCACUGUCCCUCGCCUUCGAAGGGCCACUGUCGCAUCCGGCACUGUCAUGAUCGCCCAGCAGAUGUGCGGAAUCAACAUCAUCGCCUUCUAUUCCAGCACCAUCUUCGAGCAGGCUGGCGCUAACAACACUGAGUCUCUGCUUGCGUCCAUGGGAUUCGGUAUCGUCAACUUCCUGUUCGCCUGGCCAGCUAUCUGGACCAUCGAUACCUUUGGUCGCCGAACCCUCUUGCUGUUCACUUUCCCUCAGAUGGCUUGGACCUUACUUGCUGCAGGUCUCUGCUACUUGAUCCCGGAGAGCAGCAAGGCUCACAUCGGCCUCGUCGCUCUGUUUGUCUACCUAUUCGGCGCUUGGUACUCUCCCGGUGAGGGACCAGUGCCAUUCACCUACUCAGCGGAAGUCUUCCCUCUGUCUCACAGAGAAGUCGGCAUGUCCUGGGCUGUCGCCACGUGCUUGUUCUGGGCUGCUGUACUGUCCAUCACCUUCCCCCGCAUGCUGGCUGCGCUUUCGCCCACCGGCGCAUUCGGUCUGUACGCAGGCUUCAACCUCAUCGCUCUCGUCAUGAUCUUCCUUUUUGUCCCCGAGACCAAGCAGCGGACACUCGAGGAGCUUGACUACAUCUUUGAAAUUCCUCAGCGCACCUUCAUGCGCCACCAGUGCUUCACUGUUCUGCCGUGGUGGAUUAAGACCUGGAUUCUUAGGAAGAAGAUCGGACCCUGCCCUGCCCUUUGGAGCUUUGAAGGUCACGAUGAGAAGGAGCAGCAGGAAGCUGUGCGCAGGGCCAGUAUUGCUGCUGCUGGCGAGGAUCCGGCGCAGAGGAGGACUAGCAUCACGGAGAAGAUUUCUGGCAAGUUCUAAGCCAUCAGCAAGGUCAUGUGGAAGUGAUAUUGGUUCUUGUUCUCAAAGGCUGUAUCGUAGAUAAUAUUGCCCUAGUACGCAAAUGGUACCUUACUUUGUUGCAUUG